AUGGUGGGACUAGCUCAACCAAUGCCUAAGAAGUUUAGGUGUCAAGGAGCCAGCUCGACCGACAGCUCGAUCGAGCUAGAAACAGGGCAACUCGAUCGAGUUCCACAACUCGACCAAGGUACUUUAGUGAAGAAACAGAGUAACAAGAUGACAAACAGUGAGGGAAGCCGCGCUUCACAGAGGAGAAUGGUUGAGGGUGAAUCAAGCAAUGCAAGGGAAAGAAGGCUUAAGAUGCAAGCCGAUUUGGAGAGGAUGAUCAGAGGAUGGAAGAAUCUGAUGCAGAGGGAUAUGAGUUUGAGAAUUGGAGUGAACCUUGUUCAAGAGGAGGGAAAUGGUUCUCCAAAUGAAGAAGGAAGUGAUGAGACUGAGAGUGAAGAGGAAGGAGAAGAGGUGAACCAAUUGGUUGAUGAAGAUGACAAGAGGGGAACCAAGAUGAGCCAAUGGAGGAGGCUGAGGAGGAGCAAGAGGAGGAGGAUGAGCUCCCCAUGUACCAAGAGCACUACAAUGCUCUCUUCUCCAUGGACUUUGUGGAGACCAAGUACCCACAUGAUGACACAUGAGAGGCCUUGGAUCUUUGAGGAUGUGGAGUUGUUUGAUGAGCUCGAUCGAGCUGAGUUGGACCAAGGCUGGGGGUACAUAACUUUCUUGGCAAAGGGAGAGAAGAAGAUGGUGACCUUUAGGCAGCUUGAGAUACUGUUUGGGUUCACUAUGGAGAAGGAAAGUGGAACAUCAAGGAAGAAGAACUCCAAAGAGUAUUGGGCUACAAUAGCUAAGAUGGGGUACUCUUCCUCAAGGUCCAAGGCUGCCAGAUCAGAAGUCUGUGCUUAG